UACCCUUGAGCUCAGUUGAGUCCCUGCAUCAGCAGCACUGCAGUCAGGCAGUCGCGACACUGCGGUAAUGUGAACCCUUCAGCAUGGACUCACAGCUCCACGCGUCAGUAUAACGCUGCAUGUGUCUUCACCCUUCAGAGGCAGCGUGUUGUGGUGCUGAUGCUGAGCACAUGCACAGAUGCGCUCACUGCAGCAGAGACGGACACACUGCAACAUCAGACUACACACGGCCACAAACAGAUCCGCUCCUCCUCUGAUCCUGAUCCACCUCCUCCAGUUCCUCUCCACCUGUCUGCUCCGGGCUGCUCCAUGCAGGGGAGCGGCUGAUCUAUGGGCCGCUCUCCGGUGAGCCUGUCCAGACUGAAGCUGGGGAAGCUAAAGGUGGUGCGGCGGCAGCUGCUGCAGCGCUAUGAGCACCAGCCGUUUGUCUCCUGUCUGGCUGGCCUGUACGGCUGCCAGUGGAGACGCUACCAGCGUGCCAAAGCCCAGCCGGGGGAAUGCUGCUGUAGUCGGUUGGAGUGUGGUAGUUUCGCUCUCCUCAUCGUAACGUUUUUCCUGACCCUGAUAUUCCUGUACUUUUGGAGUGAGGCGCAGAAUGACUACAAUGACUUUGACUGGUUUAACUUCGGGAACCUGGGAUUCUGGUUUCCGUGGUCAGUGGUGUUGCUGGUGGUCGCUGCCGCCCUCUUCACCUACAUCGCCCUCCUGCUGGUACUAGCAGUGUGCCUUCUCUCUGAAGGACAGAGGCUUUACCUCCACUGGAGCCACAAGAUUGGUAUCCUGGUGACUCUGACCUUCUCCAUCAGUGCCACAGCUGUGCUCUCUGACUUAUGGAGCAAAGAAUGGACAACGCUGCUCCUUUCUUUUCAGGUCACAGCACCCUUUCUUCACCUGGGCGGAGUUUCACUGAUGACACUUCUGUCCUGGCCAAUAGCCUUACACUUCUUUCGCAUGAACAAGAGAGUGAGGCAGGUGGCUAUCCUCAGCUUGUACUUGGCGGUUCUCUUCACCCUGUAUCUGGUGCCGUUGGGCAUGUAUUCCCCCUGCAUCAAAGAGGAGGGCACGCUGGGGCCAGCGCCCACCCUCAUCGGGCAUAGAGGAGCGCCCAUGCUUGCACCAGAAAAUACCCAGAUGUCCUUUCAGAAGGCUGUAGAAGCAGGAGGAGAGGGACUGGAGACGGAUGUCACAAUCAGUUAUGAUGGCGUCCCGUUCCUGAUGCAUGACAGCACCCUGAGGAGGACAACCAAUGUACAUGAAGUGUUUCCCAACCGGACGGAUGUCCCAGCGGCCAUGUUCACCUGGGCAGAGCUGGAGAUGCUCAGCGCUGGAUCCUGGUUUCUUCGGAGGGAUCCUUUCGGUACUGCCUCCUCUCUUAAUCUUGAUGAGAGGGAUCAAGUCCAGAACCAGACAGUACCAACACUGAAAGAGUUCCUGAAUCUGGCCGCUCAGCAUGAGAGACUGGUGAUCUUUGACCUCAGACGUCCGCCCCGAGGCCACCCAUACAGGGACACGUGGAUCACUCGCACCCUGGAGGUCAUACACAACGAGUCCUUCAUUAACUCCAGCCAGGUGCUGUGGCUGCCGGCCGAUCAGAGGAGUCUGGUACAGGAGCUGGAUCCAGAGCUGCAGCAGACGUCUGGAGAUCAUGCGUCUAUAGAGGAGCUGCAGGAGGAACAUAUAGUCCGACUCAACCUCCAUUACAGCUACAUGUCACAGGAGCAGAUCAGAAAGUAUGCCUCUGUGAACAUCAGCACUAACCUGUAUGUGAUCAGUCAGCCGUGGUUAUAUUCACUGGCAUGGUGCGCUGGCGUUCAUUCGGUCACUACAAACGCCUUGCACAUCCUCAAGAAACUGCAGCGCCCCCUGUUCCUCAUGACUCCAGAUGAAUACAGUUUGAUGUGGAUCCUGACAGAUAUUGUCUCUGCUUUCUUCAUCACAGCUAUUUUCGUUUUCCACUGGUGGCGUGAGCGAGGUUUGCCUUUCUGGUCCGGCAGUAGACAGGUGAAUGAGAAUGGACCGUACAGCAAGUUCAGGACUGAACCGCCUGAGGUCCAGGGCAUCCGCUGGAACCCUCUGUUCUUUGACGGGCCAUCACUCUCACUGGACCCUAUGCAUGUUCCCCCUAUGCAUGGCUUCCCCGUACCCAUCUGACCCUCCAUCACUCUCAUUACUGAGCCGCUAUCAUAUCUCUCCCUCUCCUUUACGCUCCGUACGGCAGAGCUGAGCGACGUCUGGUCCAUCUCCAGCAUCAGCGUUCGUGGAGAGGCUCAGAGCUCGCCAGUCCCUACGAUCCUGCCCACCAUUUCAGAGGAACCACCCAUCUGAAAAGGAUGAAAGAGAGAUCUGUGGAAGGCAUAAAGACUGUAGACCACCUAGAGCUCCGGCGCCGUCGGCAUCAUCGCACUCCAUUUGCAUUUGAGCUUCAAAUUGAUGCAGACAUGAAUCAGAGCCUUUGAAGCGCUCCAUGCUUCAAAUCAACUGGGAAAGAUUUCUUGUUUUAAAGAUGGUUUUCAUAUAAUAGUCUUGACUAGGGUCAAGCUUGGAGAAAAAACUACAUAACUUUUUAAAUUAACCUCCAUUUUUCCCCAAACAGGUAAUAUGAAAACAAAUAAGAAACGAAUAACUAUCUGAGGAAGAAUGUUUCAGUUAAAUGGUGAAUCUCAUGAAAAUGCAUUUCACCCUAAAAUCAAGUUAUUCAAAAUUACAUUGUCAUGGCAGUUCAGCACAUUUCCUCACAAAAUUUCAUUUGUCAAGAUAUUUGACUUUUCAUAAUCUCCAUUAUUCUGGGGAAAAAAAAGUAUGGCAAAAUAAAUUAACUUAAAGCUGCAGUCCGUAACUUUUUUUUAUUUUGUUAAAAAUGAUCCAAAAUUAUUGAGCAAGUACAUAACCAGCUAGUGUUCAAAACGAU